CUUUCGACUACAGACUACACUCAUUUGAAUUUGUUAUCAAAAUUUGUUAUUCACCAUUGGUUUAGUUUUACGGGUUUCGUACGGCUCAGAUAAUUGGCUCCAAUGGCCAAACCAGGGCAGCCGGACUCGGAGGGACCCCAGCCGCCAGCGCCGUCUAUUCUCGGCUUACCGAACAGCCCGUCUAGAUCAUCGCUUUACAUCUACAAUCCCUACGAGAAACGCACUGUUGAGGUACCCCUAACCAACUUUGAUGCAUUUGUCUCGCUGCUGAAGUGCGUGGUUGGCACCGGCAUUCUGGCCAUGCCGCUGGCCAUGCGCUACGCUGGCAUCGUGUCCGGCGUGCUGCUCUCCGUUCUGUUAAUGGUCCUCCUUACCUACUGCAUUCACUUGCUGAUCACUGGCAUGACAGAGUGCUGUCGACGCAUCCACGUGCCGCAGGUGUCCAUGCCACAGGCCGUGCAGAUUGCUUACGAACUGGGGCCGGCCUGUGUGCAUUGCUUUGCCCGCGCCGCCGGCAUUUCGACCAGCUGUGUUUUGGUUUUUGGCCAGUUUGGCCUCUGCUGCGUUUACAUUGUGUUUGUCUCAAAGAACUUUAAGGAAAUCGGCGACUUCUACUUCAAGGACUACCACGAGCGCUACUACGUUCUCGGCGUCUGUAUGCUGCAGCUGCCCUUCUUUAUGAUACGUAAACUGAAGUUUUUGGUUCCGCUGAACCUCGUCUCGAAUAUUCUGCUCUAUGCCGGAUUCUUGUGCAUCAUGUAUUACUUGUUUCAGGGCCUGCCCAGCUUACAGGAUCGCGAAAUGUUCAAGCCACCCCAGGACUAUAUGAUGUUCUUCGGCAUCGCCGCCUUCUCCCUCACAGCCGUCGGCUCAAUGCUGGUCGUGGAGGCCAACAUGGCACAUCCAGAGAGCUACCUGGGUUUUUUUGGUGUCCUCAAUCUAGCCGUCUUCUUCAUACUUUGCUCGAAUCUUUUUUUUGGAAUCAUGGGCUAUUGGCGUUAUGGCGAGCAAGUGGAGGCUAGUAUUACGCUCAAUAUUCCACAGAGCGAAGUUCUCUCACAGUUCAUCAAGGUGGCCAUCGCGUGUGGCAUUUUCUUGAGUUACCCGUUGAACGGGUUCGUGUUCAUAACUAUUGUCUUCAGCGACUACGGCGAUAAUGCAGUUGAGCACAAGUGCCGUACUACGGCGGAGAUUUUAGUUCGCCUCUCGUUCCUUCUCCUAACAGGUAUCGUGGCUGCUGUGGUGCCCAAUCUAGCAGCCCUGACCGAGCUGGAAGGCGCAUUUUCCCUCUGCAAUUUAAACCUGCUCUGUCCUGCGCUGAUCGACAUAUUUGUGAACUAUGAGACGGGCUAUGGUCGUCUACGCUGGAAGCUCAUACGCGACAUUCUCCUAAUAAUAAUCGGCGUUGUCUUCGGCGUUGUGGGCUGCACUGUGGCCAUACAGCAGCUGGUGGCUGAUCUGUCGGCAAAGCCUCCUGGGCACGGCGAAAGCUGACGACGCCAACUUCCGCCCGCUGCACUUAACAGUUAAACCCUUGGCUAUCUAUUUAAGCAGGCUUUACAUUUACAUUAUUUGCAGCAGUUGUUGCUGCUGCUGCUGCUGCUGGUGCUGCUGUUGCUACUGCUGUUAGUUGUCUGCUAAGCUUUGUUGAGUUUUAAUUAAUUGCCCGGGCAAGUGUUUAGUCGGCUGUUGUUCAUCCCAGCUAAGCCAGUGACCAGGAUUUGUGUAUGUUCGACUAGAAUUUGCUGCCACUUCAGAUGCUCUACGUUUUCCGUAAAUCGCUAUCUUUGUGUUA